GCAGCAAGGUAGUCGAGCCCCUCCACUACCUCAAGGUAUUGGAUCUCAGCAUCAUCAAUCAUCGUUCAGCCAAUAUAUCAUGGAUCAAAUACCUCUCAACUCCGAAGCUUCUCAGGGCGAUACCCACAAGCAAACGACGUCGACGCUUCCGCCGGAUGUUGUUCAAUGCCUCGACAAUGCUCGAUUUCUUCACUUGGCAACAUGCACAGAUAACGUACCGCACGUCUCUCUAAUGAACUAUACAUAUCUUCCCUCGUCACCUUACUCUAACUACCCCGUCAUCAUCAUGACUACGAACCCGGCAUCACGGAAGACCACCAACUUGGUCGCCAACCCCAAUGUAUCCCUUCUUGUCCACGAUUGGGUCUCCCAUCGACCACCUACUCACGGCCGCCGACCGUCUGGUGGCUCUCCUGGGCCAGAGCACCGAUCGAGUCUCGCCUCACUCCUCUUGAACCUCAACACCUCAGCACUCUCUAGCAUCAGUGCAACCAUAGGAGGUGCCGCUCGUCUAGUGCCUAGCGGAACAGAGGAGGAAAAAUAUUACCGCGAGCAGCAUCUGGAGAACAAUACUUUCGAUGAGUCCGCAGCCCAGCCUUUCCAGCGGGACAAUGGACCUGUCGAGGAUGGAGGCCGCAACUGCUUUGUAGCCGGUGAGGAAGUAAGAGUUGUUUCGGUCGAUAUCAAGGACGUACGCAUCAGCGAUUGGAAGGGCACUGUAAGAGACUGGGCGAUCGUGCCAGAAGGUAACCUGGUCAACGGAACCCAGCAAGAAUGAUCAUAUUGCAGCCUCCACAUCCUUGGCUAGAGCCUCAUUAUUGUACUUUAGCAAUCGGUUUUCAAGAUGCAGUACAAGGUGCAUUGUUGGUUCAAACA